GUGCUGUCCAGGGUGCUGAAUCCUGAGCCAGGUCUUUCAAUGCAAAGCAGCCACGGUCCCAACAGCCCAGGAGGCUGCUAAAAUCUACCACACGAACUAUGUGAGAAACUCCCGAGCCAUCGGCGUCAUGUGGGCCGUGUUCACCAUCUGCUUCGUGAUCAUCACCGUGGUGGUCUUCAUCCAGCCCUACUGGAUCGGGGACAGCGUCAACACCCCGCAGGCCGGGUACUUCGGCCUCUUUCACUACUGCAUCGGCAAUGCGCUCACCUCGGAGCUCAUCUGCAAGGGCAGCGUGCUGGACUUCAGCUCCAUCCCUUCACCGGCCUUCAGGACCGCCAUGUUCUUCGUGGGCACCUCCAUGCUGCUGGUUGUAGGCACUAUGGUGUGCUUUAGCUUGUUCUUCUUCUGCAACACCGGGAACGUCUACAGGAUCUGUGCGUGGAUGCAGUUGGCCUCAGCUGCGUUGAUGGUGAUGGGCUGCAUGAUCUACCCAGACGGCUGGGACUCUCCGGAGGUGAAGAGGAUGUGUGGCCAGAGCACGGACAAGUACAGCCUGGGGAACUGCACGGUGCGCUGGGCCUACAUCUUGGCCAUCAUCAGCAUCCUGGAUGCCCUCCUCCUGGCAUUUCUGUCCUUCACCCUCGGCAACCGGCAGGACAAGCUGCUGCCGGAUGACUUUGAGUUGGAGGGAGCAGAAAACCCCUGAUGAACACGGACCUUCAGAACCAGUAAUGCAGACGUACUUUGAUGGCAAUGAAAUGUAGUUUACAUCAAACUGUUCACCUGACUUGCUUUGUUUUAUAAUGUAUUCUGCUGUUUUCAUAGUUGUAUUGACUUAUGGUUAAUUGAAAUUUGGCAGCCCUUUACUGCUUCGCAAGAACUGCAGUUUUAAUUCUGUACUUCAUGUCAAACACAGAGAAAAAUGUUAAACUCAGAGGAGAAAGCUUGACACAGUCAUUUUGUGUUGUAUGGACAUCUGUUUUAUUGUAUGGUGUGUUGUACAGUUUUGUAAAUUGACAGCUCACAUAAAGUCUAUGUUCUUGAA